GAAUUUAGAAAGCUUAGACACGAUUGUCUUCCCCAUUUCCCCCCUUCUCUCUCUGCUUUCAUCUGUUUGUAAAACCCUAAAAUCACAUCCAAUCAACCGAUUCCCCCUUCCCACCCCCUCUCUAAACUCUUAUUUUCCCUUUCACUGUUUAAUUUAUCAAUUUCUUUGUAACCCUACAAAGUUUCCCCUCAUUUUCAUUUUCAUUGAAGAUCUCUUCGAUUUUUUGUUUAAUUUUUCUAGGUUUUUUUGUUGUAAAUUCUUUUGGUUAUUUAUUCUUUUAGUUGGGGAUAUUGAGGGGAAGGAAGGCUGGCGAUUGGUGCAGAAGUCAGGUGAUGGCGGAUCGGCCGCAUGUCCGCCCACUACUAUUAAAAGUAGUAGUAGAAGAAGUUGCAGCAGUAGUUUUGAGAGAAAGAGAAGAAGAGAGGUUUAAUAAUUUAAUUACCAUUUGUGAAGAAGGUGGAGAAGAAUGCUGACUGUGGUGCGGGUGCAUCUCCCAUCGGACAUUCCAAUAGUAGGCUGUGAACUUACGCCUUAUGUUUUGUUGCGCCUUCCCACCGAUGCCACCUCACUUCUUUCUGAUGAUAUCCCUGAAUCUGCUCCUCUUCACGGCUGUUUUUUGAGAUAUAAGUGGUACCGCAUACAAAGUGAUAAAAAAGUUGCCAUCUGCAGCGUCCACCCAUCUGAGCAAGCUACAUUGCAAUGCCUAGGAUGUGUGAAGGCCAAAAUCCCCGUUGCCAAGAGUUAUCAUUGCUCGCCGAAAUGUUUCUCAGAUGCAUGGCAGCAUCAUCGUGUUCUGCAUGAACGUGCUGCUAGUGCUGUGAAUGAAAACGGAAAUGAGGAGGAAGAAUUAUUUGGGCGAUUCAAUAGUACAGGAUCUGGUGUUAAUAUGAGCUUGACUUCUUCGCAAUCAAGCGGUAGCUUGACAAAUGGAACGGCACCAUUAUAUCCUGCAGCUGUAGCUCAAAGAAAUGGUGGUGAAACUUGGUUUGAAGUUGGACGCUCUAAAACUUACACACCAUCUGCAGAUGAUAUUGGUCACGCCCUUAAAUUUGAAUGUGCCGUCAUCGAUGCAGAAACCAAACUACCUGUUGGACAUGCUAGUACCGUGUUAACGUCUCGAGUGAUUCCAGCUCCAUCUCCUACUCCACGUCGCUUGAUUUCAGUUAAUGGGGUUGAUAUACCAGUGCAUCUGGACUUAGAUAGUCGUUUAUCAUCUUCAGGAACUUUUACUGUGCUUUCAUACAACAUUCUGUCUGAUGCAUAUGCAACAAAUGAAUUGUACAGUUAUUGUCCCUCUUGGGCUCUUACUUGGACUUAUCGGAGACAAAAUCUAUUGCGUGAAAUAGUUGGCUAUCGUGCUGACAUUGUUUGCCUUCAAGAGGUUCAGAGUGAUCACUUUGAGGAAUUCUUCGCUCCUGAGCUGGACAAACAUGGUUAUCAAGCUCUGUUCAAAAGGAAAACAGCUGAGGUGUUUGGUGGAAAUAUCAAUACCAUUGAUGGUUGUGCCACAUUUUUCCGCCGAGAUAGAUUUGCACAUGUUAAAAAAUAUGAGGUUGAGUUCAAUAAAGCUGCUCAAUCUUUGACUGAAGCCUUAGUUCCCAGUGCCCAAAAGAAGACCGCACUAAGUCGUUUGGUUAAGGAUAACGUUGCACUUAUUGUGGUUCUGGAAGCAAAGUUCAAUAACCAGGGGAUUGACAACCCUGGGAAGCGCCAACUUGUUUGUGUGGCUAACACACAUGUAAAUGUUCAUCAAGAGUUAAAGGAUGUUAAACUUUGGCAGGUUCACACACUUUUAAAAGGACUAGAGAAAAUUGCUGCUAGUGCUGACAUUCCAAUGCUAGUCUGUGGUGAUUUUAAUUCAGUUCCUGGAAGCGCUCCUCAUGCACUUCUGGCAAUGGGGAAAGUUGAUCCAAUGCAUCCAGAUUUAGCAAUGGACCCACUUGGUAUUUUGCGCCCAGCCACAAAGUUGAUGCAUCAACUGCCAUUGGUCAGUGCUUACUCAUCCUUCGCUCGAAUGCCUGUGGUUCUUGGACUAGAGCAGCAACGGAGGAGGAUGGAUCCUAGUACCAAUGAACCCUUGUUUACAAACUGCACUAGAGAUUUUAUUGGGACUCAUGAUUAUAUAUUCUAUUCUGCGGACUCUUUAACUGUUGAAUCGUUGUUGGAGCUCUUGGACGAGGAAAGCUUGAGAAAAGAUACAGCACUUCCUUCUCCAGAAUGGUCCUCCGAUCAUAUAGCACUCUUAGCUGAGUUUCGCUGCAAGCCUAGAACUAGACGCUGACAAUUGGUCUUGCUGGAGGAUGAAUUGAAAAAUAGAAGAACAAACAGUCAAAAAGGAGAAAUAUAUGUCAUUGUAAGAAUGGUAACUAAUGACGUUGGUAUCCCGUGGUGGGGUAGUUGCUCAGCUUCUUUGUAUCAUGCCACCUUAUCAUCACAUAGAAAAUUAUGAUAGUUUUUAAUCAAUUUCUUUCUUUAAAUUUUCAUUGUCAUCCGGUCCGUGUCACUACAUGUUCUUUAGACUACAGGCACAAUGGGAAAAGAGUUGCAGAGUCCCGAGUAGAGAAGCUUAGGGGUAGAGGAGGAAAUGUAGUUCAGUUUUGUGGAUUUAAUUUACCUAGCCCUAUUUCCUAUAUUAUUCAACUACAAAAUGAUUGGCUUUUGCUCGUGUAACCUUGAAGGUCGGAAAUUCUGGUCUCAGGGACCCUUCGAUUUGUAUAACUGGCUGAAAAUCCCGAGUCAUGUAAAAAUAUAGGGAAAUUAUCAGCUGUC